AUGUCAAUCAAAGAUGAUAUGAUACAGAGACAUAGAUUUUCAGCAGAGACACAAAUUAAUGUUAAUGUACCAGCAAUUCAUAUGCAUCCAGCACAUUGGAAGGAUCCCGAAAAAUUUGAUCCUUCACGAUUUCUGAACCAAGGCGUACCAGGUGGAAAUAAGAUCUCAAAGAACUCUCUGUUGAUUUUCGGUGGAGGGCCAAGGAUGUGUCCGGUUACACGAACGAUUGAAUCAUUAUUUACUGGUGGUAAAGCAGCAAUUACACCGGAUGAACAAUAUUUGAUUACAACGAUUGGAGAAGAUAUUGAUGUUACGGAGAUUCAAAAUGGAAAAAGAUUGUUUCGUUUAAGUGGAGAUACGGAAAUAAUUACAACGUUCGCUAUAACACCAGAUGGUAAAUAUUUAAUAAGCUCAUCUCGUAGUCUAACAGUUAAAAUAUGGGAUUUGGAAACAGGAAAAUGUAUAAGAUCAUUCAAGGCUCAUGAAGCUCCUAUAAUUGUAAUUGAUGUUGAUGGAACAUCAACACUAGUUGCAACGGGAUCAGCUGAUAGUACGGUAAAAGUAUGGGAUAUUGAAGGAGGGUUUUGUACGCAUAAUUUUCGUGGACAUGGAGGAAUUAUAAGUUCGUUGAAAUUCUGGAAGGAGAAUUAUGGAUGGAUGCUGAUUUCCGGUUCUGACGAUUGUAAUAUUCGUAUAUGGGAUUUAUCAAAAAGAAGUUGCGUGGCUGUGUUGAAAAGUCAUGUUAGUAUGGUUCGUGGAUUGGAUGUUACAAAUGACGGCAAAUAUUUAUUAAGUGGAUCGAGAGACAAAGUUGUAAAUAUUUGGGACUUGAAUAAGAAAAAAUUGGUUAAAACAUUUCCCGUAUACGAGACUGUAGAAACGGUAGGAAUUUUAGAACCUAACACUAUAAUAUCUGAAAUUGAGAAUAAUUGUGGAAAAGAAUUAUUUUAUACUGGUGGCGAUAAAGCACAGGAUCCCGAAAAGAAUACUAAUUACGGGAUCUCGGAAAUAAUAUAUCUUCGUAAAAGCGAUUAUUUAACGGCCGUGACAACAGAUCAUAAUAUAUUAUUUUACAACAUAUCAUCCGGUUUACGUAGAAUAAAACAAAUUAUAGGUCACAAUGAUGAAAUAAUCGACCUCGUCUAUGUAGGUCCAGAGGAAUCACUCUUGGCCAUAGCAACAAAUACUGAACAAAUUCGGUUGUUAAAUGUAGAUUCAUUUGACAAUAGUAUUAUUUAUGGACAUAAAGAUAUAGUGAUUUGUUUAUCAAAAUCUUUCGAUGGUAGAUUUUUAAUGUCUGGAUCAAAAGACAACACUGCAAGAUUAUGGAAAAUUAAUAUUGAAGCAAACGAAGCUGAGGAAAUCGUUAAACCAUGCGGAAUUUGUAUUGGGCAUACUGGAUCUAUUGGAACCGUUGCUUUACCCAAUAAGAGUCUAAAGUUUUGCAUAACUGGAAGUCUAGACCGUACUGUGAAAUAUUGGGAUUUAUCUAAGACAGAUCUGUCAAAGUGCGAUGAAGAGUACAGGCCAAAAUCGUUGUAUACGCACCAAGCACACGAAAAGGAUAUAAAUUCAAUAUCUAUUUCACAAAAUGAUAAAAUGUUUGCAUCUGGAUCACAAGACAAGACCAUUAAAAUCUGGUCAGUCGCUGACGGAAAAUUAUUAGGAACUUGUAUAGGACAUAAAAGGGGGGUUUGGUGCGUACAAUUUUCACCUGUUGAGCCCAAUAUCGUUUCAAGUUCUGGUGAUAAAACUAUCAAAAUUUGGUCAAUAAAUGAUUUUUCUUGUUUAAAGACGUUUGAAGGACACACAAAUACUGUGUUAAAAGUAUCAUUUUUAACUUCAGGUUUGCAACUAAUAUCAAGUGGAUCUGACGGAUUAGUUAAAUUAUGGAAUUGUAAAUCAAAUGAAUGUGUGACUACGCUGGAUAAUCAUACGGAAAAAAUUUGGUCUCUAACUGUACGAAAAGAUGAAAGAUUCAUUGCUUCGGGUGGUGGUGAUUCCUUAAUAAAUAUAUGGCAAGAUUGUACUGCAGAAGAAAUGGAAACUCGUGUUAAAGAAGAAGAAGAAUUAAUUUUAAAGGAACAAGAAUUGUCAAAUUAUCUGUUAAAGAAAGAUUAUAAGAAUGCUAUUAUGCUUGCUAUUUCAUUGAAUCAACCGUUUAAACUUUUAAAGUUAUUUACCGAGGUUCUAAAUAGCAGAGCUGAAGGUGAUGAUAGCAUCACAGGUUCCGAGUCAACAGAUGAGAUAAUUGCGACACUUUCAAAGGAAAAUCUUGAACAACUAUUAAAAUAUAUUCGAGAUUGGAACACUAAUGCAAAAAAUUACCAUACCACUCAAACUAUUUUAUAUGCUAUCCUCAAAUCUUUUUCAUCUCAAGAUGUAUUGAAAAUUAAUGGAAUUAAGGAUAUAUUGGAUGGAAUGGUAUCAUAUACUGAAAGACAUUAUCAACGUUUAGAUAAAUUAAUCACGGAUUCUUAUAUUAUUGAUUAUUCAUUACAUUCCAUGGAUUUGUUGGAUCCUUUAGGGCAAAAUCAAAUGGAAGAUUAA